GUGAAGAGGAAGGUAGCUGUGUUUGUCUAUGUGCUUGCGCGUGUGCAGUAUCUGCGUGUAUGCUGGGAGUGAGAGCUAGGAGUUAGAACCACUAAAGCAAUCAGACAGAAAGCCGGGGUUGAACAACUUCAGAAAAGCUAAACCCAGAUCUUGAAGAUGAAAAGGAGUGUUCCCUAGCAAAUGUUUCUCUUCAGAGUGCCAAAAUAAGAACGUUCCACUUAAAGUGCUGGCAAGGAUGAACUUCCUGUGGUCGGGUUCUGCUGCAUCCAUGUGACAUAAAGUAACAUUAAAACCACACAAACUUCUGUUUGCAUCUUGGUUUGGUCAACAUAUAUUUAAUGAAAGGAAAUAUAAAAUUAAAAGGUCUUCAGAGCAGAAAAAAAAUUGUACUUGGAGUACUUGGAUCAAGAUUAUUUAUAACAGUGUGCAACAGAGCAUUUAACAUUCUAAAAAUGUUAUAAAGGUCAGGUGCAUUCACUUUGUCAUUCUUACACCUGGAGUACUACUUCCUCACUGACCAUAUCAAAGGAAAAUAUACUGUCUCCACCAAUGAAAUUUUACAGAAUUAUUGGAUUAUUGCUGUUUGUGUGGCCACCACAGUGACCCUAUUUGAGGACAUCAUCUAUCAUUGGUCCAAAAAUAAAAUACACUUUUCAUUGUUCUCUUGGAAAAUUCCAUAAUCCAAAAAAAAAUCACAAACAAAUUUUUUUGCUUUCUGAUGGACAUUAGUUUGUAGCUGAAGCAGUGUCAGCAAAGGGAUAUUAAAGUUUGUUAGAUACUCAGAAGAAUGUAUUUGAUUUAUACGGUCUUGUACGAUAUAAACAAUUAUGUUUCAAUAGUAUAGUUAAUGAGUUAUUUCUGGUUGUCUUGUUUAUUACAGCAUAUAUAUUGUGAGAACUGUUUGCCAGAAGUGGUGUAGUUACUGCCCUGGAAAUUGUUCAUCUUCAGAUGUUGCCAUGGCAACCAAUCAUAGACAAUAAAAAGCAAACAACUGCAUCAAGACCAUUUUCUUAAAUUCUAACUUGAAGCGCAGUAACUGAUUGCACAAACUAUUCCUCUCAGUACCAGAACAAGACAAAGCCCUCCAGUAACAGCAAAAAAGUUUUUUGCAUUACAGAUGAAAUUUAAUACACUAUCCAGCAUCAUCUUGACUUUUAAGAAGAAAACCUUACUUGGAAGGCACUGAAAUAUUACCAUAGUAUAGCAGUGGAAAGUGUCAGUUUCACUUUUUGAUAAACAGGUGACAUAAUAUUUCAGAGGACACUUUGGAACAAAAUAAGGAAUGAAUCAAAUCGGUUUAGUACCAGUGGGAAAUAGCUCUAUUAAAUUAUUAAAAAUGACAUAAGAUAAAUUUAUGAUAUGUGUGAUUUUUUCUCCUUAGCCUCAUCCACUUAACAUUAAGUUGAAGCUACAAAACGUUUCUUCCUACAGAUGGCAAACUGGUAUAAGUAUUACCCAUGAGCCACUGCUGUAACGUGCUACACAUAUACAUUUCUUCACUGAACAAAGAAUAAGAAAAUACAUAGACUGCGCACUAAAACCGUUGGUUGAGUUGCUUGAUUCUGCUUAUACGUUUCACAGUUCUAAAGACUUGAGUUUGUAGAUAAGAAUUAUCUAGGACUGGAUUGCAACAAACAAUUGUGGUAAAGAGGUUUCCCUGCCACGGACCGUAUCACAGUAUCAAACACGAGUGGUUUCCAUCAUGUCGUCCUUCAUUGCCACAGCAGUGACUUUGGUGGCACUAUUCUGCCUGUUGCUGAGUGAGGCUGCAGCCCAAAAUGAGACAGACCCCAUAAUUCUGGAAGGGAAAUGUUUAGUGGUGUGCGACUCCAACCCAACUACAGAGCCAACGAGUAAUGCUCUGGGCAUGUCAGUGAGAUCCGGUAGUGGGAAGGUUGCAUUCUCAGCAAUUCGAAAUACUAAUCAUGAACCUUCAGAAAUGAGUAACAGGACGAUGACAAUAUAUUUUGAUCAGAUCCUGGUUAACAUUGGAAACAACUUUGAUGUGGAAAGAAGUAUAUUUACAGCACCUCGCAAGGGAAUCUACAGCUUUAAUUUCCAUGUAGUGAAGGUGUACAAUCGGCAGACUAUCCAGGUGAGCUUAGUUCUGAAUGGGUGGUCAGUCAUCUCAGCUUUUGCUGGAGACCAGGAUGUGACCAGAGAAGCUGCCACUAAUGCUGUACUAAUCCAGAUGGAGAAAGGAGACCGAGUAUACUUAAAGCUGGAGCGAGGUAACCUCAUGGGAGGCUGGAAAUUCUCAACUUUCUCUGGAUUUCUGGUCUUUCCUCUUUAAAUGAAAAAUAUUUGGUGGAAUCCAAUGCCUCUAAGACAGUCCCACUCCCUUGCAAAAAUCUUGUAAAAUACAUAAUAACUUCCUUCAUGCCUUCAUUGAAAAAAGACACUUGCAGCCAAAAAGGACUAACAAUCAGACAGCUUCUCCCUCAUGACUACAGGCCUUGCAGAGGAAUGGAAAAUUGAAAUGUUAGUAAUGUCUUAACCAGAAAUCAUCUACAGAGGAAUGCAAAAUUGAAAUCUAUUAGUAAUGUCUUGACCAGAAAUCAUCUAUUGCACUUGUGAAUAAUAUGUUUCAUCAAGAAGGCUGAUGUAAUCUACAAUGAACUGGUUUCUGUCGUAAGUGCUGAGUGCUCCCAACCUUAACCAGGCCUGCCAUUUUAAGAUAUCACCAAUGGAGCUUGAAAAUCAAUAGCUGUGACAGGAUUAGGAUUCUUGACCAAGACAGGAUGUUUAUGAGGUGCACAAGUCAAUACAUUUUGUGUGCUAUACUCGUCACUAAUGGAACCAGCCAGAGUUUGCUUACUAACUCUACUUGUUUUGAUCCCAUUAGUGAGACAACAUUUCUUCUAUGAGCAAACAGCACAUUUUUAGACAAAUAUAAUCAUGUUUUUCUGACAAGUGAGGUAUCUGUCUCUCCAAUAUGAUUAUUCACCUGUUGCUGCCUGCAGAGCAAUGGAGAAAUCAGUCUUCAUUUUCUGAUUAUGGUUUUGGUAAAACAAAAUGAGUUUAUCCAGGGGCAACAGUUGCAGACGUGCUAAGUCUCAAAACAUAUUUUCAUCUCUGAUUUUCUUGUGUGGAUGUAGAGUAAGGUUUAUCCUAAAGAAAGUGUAUAUUACUGAAACUAACAACGGAUUUGUCUUUGGGAAUAAGCAGGAACCUAUUUGUUACCAAUAUAUUUCUGGUUCACUGCAAAGCUGUUCUGCAGAAAAGGUAGUAAAGGGCCAGUUUCAGUAUUAGUCUUCUGCUAACAAAGACAGCAGGGUUAUAUCUUAAUUCUAGUGGUAUAGAAGAAUGAUUUCAGGCAGGAGGUCAUGAAAUUGUUACAUUGUUCCCACCAGAGGAAUGUUGGUAAAAUGAAUAAUACCCAGAGAACAUUCUAAAUAUACAUAAACUGAGAUAAAGUUGAAUUGGCUGUAUGGUUUUAUAUUUUGCUCUCAAGGUGCUGUCUCUUUCCCCUCAAUAGAUAAAUAAAUAAACAAAUCUCUGAAUCCUCAGAAUGGGAGAGAGCCAUAGUCUGCUGGCUAAAACUGUGGGUAGUCCCUCGUAAUUCCAGAAUAAAAUAAUCAGCUGUAUGGAAUUUAGCAGAUUACAGGAGCCUAUGCUUGUGGAAUUGCCUACCACCUUAUAAAAAUUGAGAGCGUCUACUACCUUAGUAGCAUGAUCCUAGCUCUAAACUUGAAUAAUCACGACUUAACCAUCUUUUUAUAGUUACAGUAUUACAAUGUUUGCUAUUAUGUGGCAUCAAAGAGGUCACCACUAAUGCAGAAGCCUUGGGAGUGUAUUACAAAAAGUCUGCUGUAGACUGGUAUUUAACGUUUACUUGAACUGUCAAACUCAAGCUAAGUUAUAUUACACAUUUUCAUGGGUAACCCAUGAUGUUUGAUUUGCCCAACUGACUUGCCCUGAGUCAUAUAUUCUGUAAGCAGAGGCUAAUGGAAUCAAGCCCACAUUUGCAGACUCUAGCUCAUGUAAAACAUUUCUGUUACUCACUGGGUUACUGCUAGCCAGCUUCUUCUCUUGGGAGGGGUGGACAAAGAGUAUCUUGUGUGCCUCUCUACCAGAACACAAGCCUAUGCACUCAGCUGCUUUGCAGAAACAUGAGUGACAGAAGGCCUAUCUUUCACAGAUGGCCUUCUGCCUUAACUGUAUCAGAAUGCUUCAGAGAACAUCUAACAGAAAUGUUGUAGCUGUAUAUAACUAUGUAACAGCAUUACAACAUUACACUGCAAUUGUUUAUGUAUUAAUCUUACCAACACUGAUUUUUUUAACCAGGAAAUAAGUGUCGAAGCGAUUCAGUUAUGGAGGUUUCUGGAAGGAAAGAAUACUUUUGUUAUUUAUGUACCUCUGCUUGUUUUAAGACUCACUCUACUAAUUUAUCACACAAGAUAAUCUUGUGGAGUAGAUGAAAGCAAGAACGUUCUUCAUGUAAGGACUGGAAGAAUCACAGAAUGGUCCUGGUGUCCUAAAGGUUCUCCCAAAUGAGUUAUAUAUAUACAGCAUUAUUUCUGUUACAUUUAGCAGGAAAAUGUAAAAAUAAACCAGCUUUAUCAGUCCCUUAUUUAUUAAAUGGUCUGUUAGCCUUGGAACAGUGGUAUGAAAUUAGCUUAGAAUUUUAUUAGGCACACUUAGACAAGGGGCACCGAGGCUGAACUACACACUGUGAAUUGAGAUAACUGGGUACAUCUUCACCAGACCUGAAACAGAAAUGUAGCUAACAUAUCAUCAAUACACAUUUCAGAUGGGAGCCUUUUUAAUAACCACUGUCUUGGAAAAAGUUUAAAACAAAAUGUACAUUCAUAUUAUGAUUCAAACAAACAAAAAUAUUCUACUAAUACAGCAGAGUGUGCUGCCCCACAAUGCUCGUCUCCCCAUUUCAUUUCCUGUCUGAGAGACCUUCAGCGUGCAGUAAACAUGCUGUCCUUGUGCUCAUUGUGUCUAAAGCUUUUUUUCCUGGGGUUCCUAGUUACUUCUCACAUCUCCAAAGAUAUACGGGAGAUGAACUGUGAUACUCCAGAUGGCUAGUAAGUAUGCCUGAGUGUCUGUGGGUCAGAGCUGUAACAAAGGUAUUUGGCAUCCUGAACAACAUAACCAUUUGGUACCCUUCUGUUGUCUAAGGGAAUCAUGAUUGCAUAAUGACAGCUUGUAACUUGCCAAACCUUUUAAAGAAUAAUUUAACAGUUUACAGACUGUCAUUAAGUGGCUGGUUAUAAGCAGCUUAUAAACUGUUAAAGUAGUUUCUACCUUUAAAAUAAUGUUUUGACAGACAGUUGUAUUCAGUAAUUCCAGUUUUUCUUAAAGGAUGUGUCCCCUAAAGGUCAGUGUUGGAGACAGGUGCCCCAUUUGUUAUGUCUACCUUAUAGCACUGGUGUAUGUGUAUUCAGUGAUUCAACCUUUUUCUUAAAGGAUGUGUCCCCUAAAAGUCAGUGUUGAAGGCAGGUGCCCCAUUUGUUACAUCUACCUUAUAGCACUGGUGUAUGUAUAUUCAGUGAUGACUGGUAUCCUGUCUACUGAUGCCUGCUGCAAUAGGCUGUGGCUCCUAACAGACCUGCAUAGACUAAAGCAAGUAUUGGAGAACAAAUAAAUGAAUGAAUGGAAUAUUCUACUCUUUACUUAAGAAGUGAACCAUAUACAUUUUGUAGGAGGCUUCAGAAUUCCAUCAGCUACUUAUGUCUGCUUGACUGCUGAAACCAAGAUUAGAACAGCAAAUUACAGCUAAACAGAUAUGGAAGGAUCAGUUUUUAAGCCUCACUGUGUUUGCGAUCUGUUUUAUAAUCUUUCCAACACCACUUCACAAUUAUUCCAAUAUGUUUUAUUCUGCCCCACAAUUGUUCUAGCAUCUCUGACCUCACUUCAGCUUCAUUCUCUCUUCUAGACCCUGUGUCAGAAUCAUUCUAACAUCUAUGACUGCAUCUCAUAACCCAAUCAAAAAAUUGUAUUUCUAGUUCUACCUCACAACUGUUUCAAUAUCUCUGAUCUGCAACACUCUAAUGAGAGCAUUCAGAUAACUGAGGGCUGUACAAUAAAACUGACUUAGACAGCAGGCCCUCAGUUUUACCAGUUCAUAUACCAAAAGAAAACAUUCUCCUGGCAACUUAAUAUUUUAAUUUUGGAUAUAUUGUAUUUAAUAAAUAUUAUAGCCUUUUUGUGUUGGCUUGUAGGCAUGGGCUGGUGCAACACCUUGCGUCAGCUGCAGGACACAGUCUUAUGCAAAUUAACAGCUAUACAAUCUUCUUCCUAGAUAACAGCAGCAACAAACACUUGGGGGUGAGCACAACUGAAACAGUUUUAUAAAGAUCUCCAUUGCUGAUUUACUGUUAUUUAUUAUCACAGUCAAAAGAGUAUAUUAAAGGACUGCAGCAAUACUGGGGACUUCAAAGUCUUUGCUGUCGUUAUGUUCCCCCUACUAUGUUUUAGCUCUUCCAUUUUCAAAGAAGAAAUUGCAAAGUUAAACACUUCCUGAAAUCCUGCAGCAUUUAGAUUGCUAAUACAUUUCACAAAUUAAAACAGUAGUGUAGAAUACGGUAUGAAUUUUUAAAUAUAUUUUUGCAAUAUAUCAAUAUAAAUUGUUUUUGCUUUGUCUAAUAAUGUAAUUAUCAGUCAUUUAGGUACAUCUUUUAUGGCAAACCUUAUUGAAAAAAUACCAUAACUUUUCCCAUCAUGAGAACAUAAAAAACAGAUUUCCUUGCAAAGAAGGGAACUUACACCCAGGUCCUACAAACUACCUGAAGCGACUCCUAUACUGGUGCAUUACUGUGACUCACUUGAAUUUUUAGAUUUGCCUAAAGCCAAGUACAGAAUAAAAUCUCACUGUUGUUUGGCAGCUGCAUGCCACAGAUUGACACGUGUGGCUGCAUUCUUCACAGUUCAUCUCAAUGUUGUUUGGAAGCUACAUGCCACAGAUUAACAUGAGUGGCUGCAUUCUUAACAGCUCAUCUCACUGUUGUUUGGCACACAGAUUGACACGAGUGGCUGCAUUCUCCACAACUCAUCUCAUUGUUGUUUAGCACACAGAUUGACAUGAGUGGCUGCAUUCUUCGCAGAUCAUCUCACUGUUGUUUGGCAGCUGCAUGCCACAGAUUGACAUGAGUGACUGCAUUCUUCACAGCUCAUCUCACUGUUGUUUGGCAGCUGCAUGCCACAGAUUGAUACGAGUGGCUGCAUUCUUCACAGCUCAGUUAUUCCUAUCUGUGCUUUUUGACUAACUGGGAGACUGAGAACAGGAACAAUCUGACAGCACCAGGCUAUAACUUGGGGGGGGUAGUGGCAUGCUAUGGAAAAUAGGCAGCUUCAGAAUGUUUUGCAGACUUCCUCAUAUAGAAUAAAUGCAAAGAUUAUUUGUUGAGCAAUCAUUCAGCAUAAUAUGACACAAACACAGACCCUAACACAAAAAAACAAACUUGAUUGCCUGUGCUGUUUUUAUGCCCCACUUAGUCAGUAUAUGUUGCUAAAGACCCAUGUCUUAUUCAAUCACAAUAUACCAAUCUUCCUUCACGUUCAUAUUCAGACUGAUAUCUUUGUACUGGUUCUUCUUUUUAUCAGACCCUUACAAAAAAUAGAAAAAGGUAUCUUUUUUCUUCACAGAUGAGUCUCUGUCUUUAUACCAUCACACUAGGUGUGUGUGUGUGUGUGUGUGUGUGUGUGUGUGUGUGUGUGUGUGUGU